GCGCCGCAAUAUAGGAAAUCCCGAUCCUUAUCCGGUCGAAACUUUGUGUUCUCGCGUUAUCGAUCGGUUUUCGCUACGCGCUCGUCCCGACGUGGUUGACGUUAGAUUUUCAAACAGUGACUUCCGAACGUCGCUACGGGGAAAAAGCCGCUCCCUGCGGUCGUUCAACGCCCGUGGUCGUUAUCGUCGGUGCCUGUACGCGCGGCCGAUGAUUAACAACGCUCGAAUAUCGGCCGCUCGUUAACGCGCUCCAUUUUCGCGUCGAUCCUCACGCGAUCGGAACGGAAAUUCGCGGGAAGAAAAAUCUAAGCGAAAUCGCGAGCGUCGCAAUUUCAUCGGUUGCGUGUCAACCGGUUUUUUCCAGUGAGAUAAACAAAUUAUUGCGCUUUUUUGCGACGUAAAAGAGUUUGUUUCUUUUCGAUCGUUCGACGAUUCUUCCUAAAAGAGAUUUUUUACGACGUGUUUCAAUUGCUACCUCUCUCUCUCUCUCUCUCUCUCUUUUGUAAACCAAUUUUAAUUAAAAACAAACUCAGAAAGCAACGCUAACUUUACGACACAUUUAAAAAAAAAAGUGCUUUAAACAUUUGCUGGUUUAAAAAAAAAGUGCUUUAAACAUUUGCUGGUUUAAAAAAAAGUGCUUUAAAGUGCUUUAAGUGCUUUGCUGGUUCAAGAGAGUUUUGACACGUAACUUUGUACGUGACUUUUUUUAAAAGAUGAUUCGCACUUCCGAUGAAAAUUGAACGAUGAGAUAAAAAGAACAAGAUAUAUAUUUUUAUCAGUUCGCACAAGAAGUCUUCCAAGUACUUUCCGGCUUUUCUCGAAUAGGAAGAUAAAACGAUAAGCGGGAUAAAAGUCGGUAUCUUCCUUUUUAUUGUCGCUUCCAACAUCGCGCGAUACCGAGCGUGUCGAUAUGCGCUGAAAGUGCCUGGACGAAUCGCGGCGGUUUUUCGAAACGAGUCUCUUAUCCAGGCCGGUAAAUCGCUCGCGAGGCUUGGAUCGACGAUAAGUUCCCACCGUGGAUAGCCAGGACGAGGAACCGGAUCGAUCAUCAAAACGAGACUCAAAAAUCAGCCUCGGACGACGCGUCUCACCGUUGCGCCGGCACAGUCAAUGCAACCGACUGCCAGGGGGAACCCCCGGGUUCCCGAUCCUGGCUCGUUGCGACCAUUCACACCGCCGGAUCUCUCGUCCAUACCUCAUAUGGACGAUACGCCAACACCUCUGCACAACAACAACAACAACAACAGCAACAACAACAAUGCUCGUAACAACGCGUCACCUGCGAGCAACUGUGCGAACAACAGCGGCGCGCAACAAGAAUCCACCGGACCCUUUAUCAUCGGCAGUCCCAUCGAUCUCGGGAACAUCGACAAUGUCGACAAUAUCGGUCUCCGUUUGGAAUCCGUUACGCGCGGCAGCAGCAGACGGCGAAUGCGCGAACACAUCGAGCUCCAGGAGACCGGAUUGCCGGAAUCGUCCAGCGAGGUUGGCCCGGUCAGAGCGGAAAAUGGUGGCUCACAGGGUGACGACCAACCGCCCUCGCAGCACAACGACGGCGAGGAGAGGGUUAUUUUCGUCAACGCUCCUCAUCAGCCCGCGAAAUAUAAGAACAAUCACAUCACCACUGCGAAGUAUUCAUUUCUAUCGUUCAUACCGCUGUUUCUGUUCGAACAGUUCCGUCGUUACAGCAACUGCUUCUUCCUGUUCAUCGCGCUCAUGCAGCAAAUACCAGACGUGUCGCCGACGGGACGAUGGACUACGCUGGUCCCAUUGAUCUUCAUCCUCAGCGUGUCCGCUUUGAAGGAGAUAGUCGAGGACGUUAAAAGACAUCGAGCUGAUGACGAGAUAAACAUGAGGGAGGUGGAGGUGCUGAGAGACGGUCGCUGGCAGUGGGUGCAGUGGCGCGCCGUGGCCGUCGGCGAUGUGGUUAAGGUUCACAACAACACUUUCUUUCCCGCUGAUUUGGUCUUGUUGUCGUCAUCGGAGCCGCAGGGUAUGUCCUUCAUCGAAACCGCCAAUCUGGACGGCGAGACGAAUCUGAAGAUUCGACAGGCUCAUCCCGACACUGCCAGUCUCCUGGACACCGCGGAGCUGAUGAACUUUCGCGCGAACGUCCAAUGCGAGCCGCCCAACAGACACCUCUACGAGUUUCGCGGAGUUCUACGGGAGACGAACAAGCAGAGCGUAGCUUUAGGACCCGAUCAGUUGUUACUCCGUGGCGCGAUGUUGCGGAACACACGAUGGGUGUUCGGCGUAGUGAUAUACACGGGGCACGAUACGAAGCUCAUGCAGAAUAAUACCGCGACAGCGCCGCUGAAACGCUCCACCCUCGAUCGCUUGAUCAACACCCAGAUACUGAUGCUAUUUUUCAUACUUCUUUUGUUGUGCAUUCUUUCGGCGAUAUUCAAUGUCAUAUGGACGAACGCCAACAAAGACGGUCUUUGGUAUUUGGGUUUGCAAGAGGAAAUGACUAAGAACUUUGCUUACAAUCUCUUGACGUUUAUUAUUCUCUUCAACAAUUUGAUACCGAUAUCGCUGCAAGUUACGCUCGAGGUUGUGAGAUUCGUUCAGGCCACGUUCAUCAACAUGGACAUAGAGAUGUAUCACGCGGAGACGGACACCCCGGCGAUGGCGCGGACGAGCAAUCUGAACGAGGAACUCGGCAUGGUGAAUUACAUAUUCACGGACAAGACCGGCACCCUCACGAAGAACGUUAUGGAGUUCAAGCGUUGUUCGGUCGGCGGGAAAAUAUACGACUUGCCGAAUCCGUUAAACGAAGGUACGAGCGACAGCAAUUGCGAGCUAAUUCGAGACAUUCUCGAGGGAAGGUCGAUGGCGGAUUCUCAGAAUCCCGUCGACAAGAAGAAAGCGCAGCACGCGGACGUGCUCCACGAGUUCAUGGUCAUGCUGUCGGUCUGUCACACCGUUAUUCCAGAGAAACUGGACGACUCAAUAAUUUAUCACGCCGCAUCACCGGACGAAAGAGCGUUGGUGGACGGAGCGCGUAAGUUUAAUUACGUAUUCGACACGCGAACACCCAGUUGCGUGGAAAUCGUUGCUCUUGGCGAGACGAUGCGUUACGAAGUGCUGAACGUGAUCGAGUUCACCUCAGCCAGAAAGCGAAUGUCGCUGGUGGUGAGAACGCCCGAGGGAAAAAUCAAGAUCUUCUGCAAAGGCGCGGAUUCUGUGAUCUACGAGCGAUUGACACCUAUUCCGUUAGACACCGGCGAUCUCGAUCAGGGACACGUCGACGAUUUUCGUGAAACGACUCUCCAGCACUUGGAGACCUUCGCCGGCGACGGAUUGCGAACGCUUUGUUUCGCCUCCGCGGAAAUAUCCGAGGACGUUUAUCAGUGGUGGCGCGAAUCGUAUCAUAACGCGUCAAUCAGUUUGAGGAAUCGCGAUAGCAUGAUAGAACAGGCGGCGAAUCUUAUCGAGACCAAACUAACGUUACUGGGAGCAACCGCGAUCGAGGAUCAACUACAGGAUGAGGUGCCGGAAACAAUCCAGGCUCUUCUGCAGGCUGACAUCAAAGUCUGGGUGUUGACGGGAGACAAACAAGAAACCGCGAUAAAUAUCGGUUACUCGUGCAAACUGAUAACGCACGGAAUGCCACUUUGUAUUAUCAACGAGUCUUCUUUAGACAAAACGAGGGAGGUGAUUAUUCAACGCUGCAAUGAUUUCGGAAUCGAUCUGAAAUGCCAAAACGAUGUAGCUAUAAUUAUAGACGGCAGCACGCUGGAUUACGCUCUGUCUUGCGACAUCAGAAUGGAUUUCUUGGAGUUGUGCUCGGCCUGCAAAGUGGUUAUCUGUUGCAGAGUUUCGCCGAUUCAGAAGUCCGAGGUGGUCGAUUUGAUCACGACGAACAAAAAAGCCGUGACUCUCGCGAUCGGUGAUGGCGCGAACGAUGUGGCCAUGAUACAGAAAGCUCACAUCGGCGUCGGCAUCUCUGGUGUGGAGGGUCUUCAAGCGGCCUGCGCGUCCGAUUAUUCCAUCGCGCAGUUUCGCUUUUUGAAACGUUUAUUGUUCGUUCACGGCUCGUGGAAUUACAGCAGGAUGUGCAAGUUGAUUCUUUACUCGUUCUACAAGAACAUCUGUCUCUACGUUAUCGAAUUGUGGUUCGCUAUCUACUCUGGAUGGUCCGGACAGAUUCUAUUCGAACGAUGGUCCAUCGGUCUCUACAAUGUCGUGUUCACCGCUGCGCCGCCAUUAGCCAUGGGUCUUUUCGAUAAAGUGUGUUCCGCGGAAACUCACUUGGCCCAUCCGGGUUUGUACGCGACGAAGAACAACGGAGAGUCUUUCUUCAACAUUAAGGUAUUCUGGAUAUGGAUCGCGAACGCGCUGAUCCAUUCGUCCUUGCUGUAUUGGCUGCCUCUGAUGGCUCUCAAAGAAGGUGUGGUCUGGGCAAACGGCAGAGACGGCGGUUAUCUUCUAUUAGGAAACUUCGUCUAUACUUAUGUUGUAGUGACGGUGUGCGCGAAGGCGGGUCUAAUAAUAAACUCGUGGACGUGGGUCACUCAUUUAGCGACAUGGGGAUCCAUUAUACUCUGGUUCUUAUUUAUUUUUAUAUAUAGCAAUUUUUGGCCCGUUCUGAACGUCGGUGCUGUGAUGUUAGGCAAUGACAAGAUGUUAUUUUCCUCGCCUGUUUUCUGGCUAGGACUUAUACUAAUACCGACAGCAGUAUUGCUUCUGGACGUUACGGUGAAAGCAGUGAAAAACACGGUUUGGAAAUCGGUGACGGAGGCAGCUCGGGAAAACGAGAUCCGGCGGUCCGAUCCCGGUGAUAUAUUCAACAAUCAGGAUUACAGAAGCUCAUUGACGGAGACGGCAAGGUUGCUGAAAAACGUUAAAAGUGUUUUCACCAGGCGCUCGAACGCCGCCUCCAGAGUCAAUGUCGAGGUGGAGCUGUCACAUGGUUUUGCGUUCUCGCAAGAGGAGGGCGGCUCCGUAACCCAGACGGACGUGAUCAGAGCCUACGACACGAAUCUUCCGAAGCCCGGCGGCAUGUGAUUUGAAACACCGGGGGCGGCAAUCAUCGCGCGGCGAGACGAUGCUGACUGCUGAGAGAGGGUGAUGGCGCGAGAGAUGUGAGAGAAGGUUUUCUCUCAUUCUCUUCGCACGAUGUCGUCGGCCGACGACGCGCUUCGUGGGGAUCGUCGGCGCGACGCACACGUGACCACGUGGAAUUGGAUACGCUUUUGAAGAGAAUCUCGGGGGAAGACACUCGGAAGAAUUGACCCUUAACGAGUCGCGUUUUUUCUCACACGUGAAAGAAACCUUGUCAUAUUACGAUCUUAUACUACGGACUUCUUAAUUUUUGUUUUGUUUUGUUUUUUUUUUUUUUCAAAUGACGUGAAAAACAAAUUGUUACCUCACUAGAUUUACUAUGCGCGCUGAAAUAACAAGAGAAGAAAACAAAAACUACGUACGCAGUUGCGCGUCUUUGCGACCAAUUAAGGGUUGAUGACGUUUGAAUCGCGAGUUUGAACGAAACGAAUUCCUCUUUGAAGUCUACUACCGCGAUCAAUUUGUAGGGAAGAAAAUCCGAUUAGCACACACGAAUACAAUUAUUUUGAUACUCUGUGACGUUUUAUUCUAACAUACCGUAGAAACAAAAACCUCGUCGUCUUUAAAAAACAAAACCAAAAAAAAAAAAAA